GUGUGACGGAAUCUAAACAGCCACGUAGCUGAAGCAGGGAGGAGAAUCGGCGCUCAGGUGGAUGGACUGAUUCGGUACCUGCGCCCCCAGCAGACAUGCGGUGAGAGAGGCGCGGUCGAGACGUCGCUCCUGUCCAUGGGAGUCCGAGAGGAAUCUAACAAAGCCGUAUAAAGAUGGAAAAUGGAAACACAGACGCGGUACCAGCGGAGACCAGCGCGGCCCAGCGGCCGGACGCAGACGCCCAAACACUCGCUGUAAAACCGGGAGAGCUCAGAGACGCUCGGGAUGCUGGGAAAUUCCCUAACGGUCACGUCGGGGCGGGGCCGCUGCAGAACGGAUCUCCUGGGUGUGAGGCGGGACACAGCAGCUCCUCUCCUGCUCCAGGUGUGGAAUCGUUCACUGACGGCCUAGAGAAGCCCGAGGGCUCGGCCUUACAGUCGCUCAGACUCAGUAUCCCAAUGCAGGAGACCGAAAUGUCGCUCGAGCCCUCUCUGGAGAUGGAGAACGAGGAGAAGAUCCGUCUGGACGCCCGGCGGCGCCUGGAGGAGCAGCUCAAGCAGUACCGCGUCCAGAGACAUCAAGAGAGAUCCCAUCGUUCCUCCCCCAGGUCUCGCCCCAGCAGCACCCUGGACCCGGAGCUCAUGCUGCACCCGGACGUGCUGCCCCGGGCCUCCACCGUCGCCAUGACGACCGAGUACUCCUUCCUGCGCACCAGCGUUCCCCGCGGACCCAAACUGGGCAGCCUGGGCAUCCCCCCCGCCAAGGACCGGAAGCCCAAAACACCCAAACCCGGGAGGAUCCACUCGCUGGCCGACUACAGAACCCCGGACGUGCCGGGUGACCAGACGACAUCAUCGGCGUCAUCGUCGGGGGGCGUGUGUGUGGGCGGGGUCUCGGAGGGAAGCCCGAGCUCCGUCUCUACGGUCUCCAUGCUGUCGGAAACCAGCGUCAUCGGCGCGGAGGGUGAGGGGAACGGUCCGGACGCAGGGUCGGCCGGCGGGGCUCCAGCAGAGUACGCCCUCGUGGGGCGCUACCCCUCUCUGAGGGAGGUGCUGCAAGCAGCCAAUGAGGAGCUGGAGCUGGAGAAAGAAGGCGCGGCUCUGAUGCAGGCGGCCAACGAGGAGCUGGAGAGUGAACCACGCAGCCGGCGGGACAGCUUCUCCAGCACGGUCUCGUAUGGAAGCUCGGUGAUGGGGACCCACGACGAGCUGCUGCAGGUUCUGAAGGACAAGAUGAGGUUGGAGGGCCAGCUGGAGUCUCUGUCCUCCGAGGCCAAUCAGGCCCUGAAGGAGAAGACGGAGCUGCAGGCGGAGCUGGCGGUGCUGGACGCCCGUCUGCGGGCCCAGUGCGAGGAGACCCGGCUGGGUGCGGAGCGCCAGGCCUCCCUGACCUCGGAGGUGUCGUCCCUGCGCUCGGAGCGGAGCGGCCUGGAGCGGGGCGUGGCCGAGCUCAGGGCUCAGCUGGAGGAGAAGGACGCCGGCCUGGAGUCGCUCUCCAAAGACCUGCAGCUGGCCGAGCAGCAGUACCAGAGGCUCAUGGGAAGGGUGGAGGAGAUGCAGCAGGGUCUGAGCUCCAGGGACAGCACAGUGAGCGAGUUGCGGCAGCAGUUGAGCCGUCUGCACUCUCAGCUGCAGCAGACGGAGACGGAGCGCGGCGCCCUGAACUCGCGGCUGCAGACGUCGCAGGCGGAGGUGCAGUCGCUGCAGCAGCUGCGCACCUGGUACCAGCAGCAGCUGGGCGUGGCGCAGGAGGCCCGGGUCCGGCUGCAGAGUCAGAUGGCCACCAUGCAGGCGGGUCACAUGACCCAGAACGACGUGCUGGAGAACCUGAAGAUGGAGAACGUCAGUCUGUCCCACCAGCUGACCGAGAACAAGCACCGCUCCAUCAAGGAGAAGGAACGCAUCGCCGUCCAGCUGCAGAGCAUCGAGGUGGACAUGCUGUCCCAGGAAGCGACCAUCCACCAGAUCCACGAUGCCAAGACCCUGGUGGAGAAGGACCUGCAGCAGAAGCUGGAGGAGUUUGAGGAGGAGAGAGAGCAGCUGCUCAAAGCUGCCAACAGAGCUGCAGCCCUGGAGAGAGAGCUGGAACAGGUGAGGGUGAUGUUGGGUCAGAAGGAUGCUCAGCUCUCCGAGUUCCAGCGUGAGCACGUGGAGCUGAUGAAGAAGCUGACGGAGACGCAGGACGCCCUCCAGAGUAAAGAUCAGGCGCUGCAGCUGAUGGAGGCUCGUCACGAGCAGCUGCAGACCGAGCUGGACGAGCUGCAGUCCGACUCCUCCGCCCGGGACGAGGAGCUGCGCCUCCUGCGCGAGCAGAAGAUCGUCCUGGAGGUGGCGCUGCGGGCGGCGCGAGAGGAACGGAGCCAGCUGGGCGACGGGGCGGAGAGACUCGGGCAGGAGGUGCUGGACUCGUCCGAGGCUCUCCAGCAGCUCAGGCAGGACGUGCAGGUGAAGACCACACAGAUCGAGUCGCUGCAGCAGGAGAACGUCUCCCUGAAGAAGCAGGCUCAGAAGCUGAAGGAGCAGUUCAGUCAGCAGAAGGUGAUGGUGGAGGCGUACAGGAGGGACGCGGCCUCCAAGGAGCAGCUGAUCUCCGAGCUGAAGGCCUCCAAGAAGCGCCUGCUGUCCGAGGUGAAGGAGCUGAAGGAGGAGGUGCAGCGGCUGGACCAGGAGAAAAUUAGCUCCCGGCAGGAACAGGAGCGCCUCCUGCGGGAGGUGCAGAGAGUGCAGGAGCAGAUGAGCAGCCUGGAGGAACAUCUGCAGGAGGUGCAGAGCGAGAGAGACCAGCUCGACACCCAGCUGCAGUCCGUACAGUUUGAUCAGAACCAGUUGGCUGUGGUGAGUGAGGAGAACCAGGUUCUGAGGAAGAAGGUGGAGGAGAUGCAGAACGAGGCUAAGACGGCCAUCACGGAGCAGAAGGUGAGGAUGAAGAGGUUUGGGACGGACCUGACCAGCGCUCAGAAGGAGCUGAAGGUGAAGCACAAGGCCUACGAGAACGCCGUCAGCAUCCUGAGCCGACGCCUGCAGGAGGCUCUCGGGGAGAAGGAGACGGCCGAGGCCGAGCUGGUCAGGCUCCGGGCGCAGGUGGACCAGGGGGGCAACGACCAGGCGCUGCAGGUGAAGGUGGACUCCCUGCAGGCGGAGCUGGACUCGGUGCUGAGCAGUAAGUCUCUGCUGGAGAAGGAGCUGCAGGAGGUGAUCAGCCUGACCAGCACUGAGCUGGAGGAGUACCAGGAGAAGGUCCUGGAGCUAGAGGACGAGCUGCAGGAGGCGCGAAACUUCAAGAAACGCAUCCGCCGCCUGGAGGACGCCAACAAGAAGCUGGCGCUGGAGCUCGAGCACGAGAAGGGCAAGCUGGCCGGGCUCGGGCAGUCCCACAAUGCACUGCGGGAGCACGCCAACGUCCUGGAGGCCGCCCUGGCCAAACGAGAGGCCGACCUGGUCCAGCUCAACCUGCAGGUCCAGGCGGUGCUGAAGAGGAAGGAGGAGGAAGAUCAGCAGAUGAGGAACCUGGUCCGGACUCUGCAGGACGCUCUGGAGAAGGAGAAGAUCAAAGUCAAGGAGCUGACCGAGCAGGUCGCCGAGGCUAAGCUGGAGGCGGCUCAUAACCGGCGGCAUUACCGCGCGGCCGUGCUGGAGCUGAGCGAGAUCAGGAAGGAGCUGCAGACCAAAGAGGAGCUGCUGAGAACCCUGCAGGAACACGCCAGCAGACUCGAAGCUCAGGACGCUCAGCGCUCACAGGAGGUGUCCCGAUUCGAGUCGGAGCUGGCCGAGGCUCACACACAGCUGCAGAUCCUGCAGAAACAGCUGGACGACGAGCUCAACAAACAACCACUCAUCAACCAGGAGGUGGAGGAUCUGAAGUGGGAGGUGGAGCAGAAGCAGCGUGAGCUUGAUGCACAGCGCCACCAGGUGGAACUCUCAGAGAUCUCCAACCAAAAAGAGCUGGACACUGUACAGGAGACGCUGCAGAGGGUCCGGGUGGAGCUGGAGAUGGUGCAGGAGGAUCUGACCAGCACCAGGAAGGACAAGUUCGUCCUGCAGGCCAAAGUGGGCGAGCUGAGGACCAGCAUGAAGAACCUGCUGCAGCAGAACACCCAGCUCAAGCAGGAGCUCAAACACACGCGCACACGCAAGAGGAUGGAGGUGAGGUCUGACUCCGCCCCUUUGACCCCGGUCAAGAUCCCAGACUGUCCGGUCCCCGCGUCCCUAUUGGACGAGCUGCUGAAACCCUCCACCUCCGUCAACAAGGAACCGCUCAACAACCUGCACAACUGCUUACGGCAGCUGAAGCAGGAGAUGGACAGUCUUCAGAAGCAGAUGGAGGAGCACACGGUCACGGUGACGACCUGGGUCUCGGCGGAGGAGGAGCUUCAGAGGCUGGGUAUCCACGACAACAGGAGCUCAUCCAAAGAGGACGAGGAGGCAGAAGUGAAAGAGCUGGCGUCAUCAUGAGUGUGUGUGUGACUUUUAAGGACGGUUUUAUUUUGCUUUGCUAUCUGACGCCCAUAUUUGGUCGCGUCCCAUCUUUAUUUGUUUGUUUGUUUUAUUUAUGAUGGUUGUUGGGCUAGAACUCGCCAAAAAUCUGGCAGGCGUGGGGCGGCCGGCGUUCGGUCAGAUUCACUGCGGUCAGGACCAGGAUUGUUAGGGUGUGACGCUUCGCUCUGUCUGUACGCUCCUUCCUACAGACAUCACUGCGUUGUCAUGGUUACUGUAGUACAAAAACAACGAUUAUCACCCCGUCAGUGCUCGUCCCAAUACUUUUGCUCACAUGCUCACAUCCUGAGCUGCUGUAAAUGACCCAACCACACUGUAAUCUCAUCACCAUCUUUACCAUUCCACCUUAAGAGCAUCGGUUCCAUCUUAAGAGCACCUUCCCAUAAAUGUAUUAAUAUUUCUGCAGCUUUUAUAUCCCCCCCAAAACCCCAAAAAAGGUCCAAAUCGGCGGUACCGGAGUGUUCCGGAACCCUAGAGGAGGUCCAGAUUUUGGAUGUGCACCCCUCAGGUUCCACUCAGCCGCACGUAUCAGACCGGACAGUAGGUGUCAGUGUUGCAGCAGCAGAAACAAUGUCUUCAGUUCCUUUUAAAGCUCUGGAAGCCUAGUAGAUGGAGCUUUUGGCUGUCAAUCGGAACAUUGUGGGUUCGGAUCCCGUCUCUGCCUUGUAGCCAGUGUUGGGCCCUUGAGCGAGGGUUAGGGGUGCUGUACAGUGACCCCCAGCUUCCAAACAAAAACGGUUUUAUCCUACUAAGCAUGUUCAUAUAUUUAUACAUGACAGUUACAGCCCUUUAAUUCUACUCUGUUCUAUUGAGUUCUAUUUUAUUCUAUUUCCCCUCACAGAGAGAAUAUGUGACUCUGGUGUAACUGGAGGUUUUUCUUCCGUUAAUUUUAUUUUUGCGUUUUAAAAACAUCACUCAAGUAAAUCAUAUAAAUCUGAGUCUGAAUGGAAACUGGUGUAACUGGUGUAACUGGUGUAACUGGUCCUGGUGGACGGAACGAGGGAUUUAUUUAAAGGGAACAAGGUUCAGAUCUCCUGACUGAAGCGCUGCUCUGGUCCUGAUUCUGGAGCUCUGUGCACGUCUGUGUGGGGGGUCUGGACGAGGGUCAGUGUGGGUAAAAGGCGUUGUUUUUAGGGCUACUCUCUAUACUGUUCUAUAGGUAAACAAGUGUUUGAGUGUGUGACGGUGUGCACCUCCGUGUGUGUGUGUGUGUGUGUGUGUGUGUAUAACUGUAUUUAUAAUGUAAAUGAAAUGUAAUGACCUGAUGUUGCACAACUGACAGAAAAGAUGUAAAAUAUUGUUGAACUUAUUUCUGUUUUUGGUUUCUUUGCUGUUCAUGAUGGCGUUUGCACCAGAGAAGAGAUUUUAUUCUGAGUUGUUUAUAUGUAAAUGAUCCUGGCUGUUAAAAUACGGACGUGUGUCGUCAUAUCUUAAACCUCCACGUCUCUUUAAAUCAGGCGUGUGCUGAGUAUCACCUUCAGUUCCAUUCUCACACAUGGACUUGUGCUUCCGAGACAUAAAGUGGAGCCUCACUGACUCCCUGCCACGGAUGGCUGUGGUGCAGUCUGAUACCGGCCUGACGGCUCCACAGAAUCUGUCGUCUGUUACUGAAUGGAUUUUGUAUCACUGUUAUUAUUAUUAAUCCCACCUGACGCUGAUGGAGUUUAUAAUAAUGUCAUUAUGAUUAUUAUGACACAGUGUGAUCUAAUGGAAGCACACGCCUGAUUUAAAGCUGCUCUCCUGUCAUUAAUAAAAAGCUUUCAGGUCCUGAUAUAUAAACCGCUAAUCUAAAUGAGCAGAAAUAUUCAUGCAUGUUUCAUUAUUGGUGUGAGUUCCUGGACUGAUCCGCCACGGACGUGUGGACACUCAGAUAUCCAACAUGCAAUAAUUCAGGAUGUAAUAAUAAUAAAAUAAUAUAAAUAAUAAUUAUAAUGAUGCAGGUGAUUUUGCUGCUGAAAUUGAACUGUGGGUUCGUUCUGGUUGGGCUUGUUUGUGUUUCUGCACUUUUCUGUACUGUUACUGUUUGUAUGGAUCUUUGCUAUAACUGAUGUGUAUAUGAUGAUGAUGAUGCAUCUGCAGACCUGCCAUGUUCUUUUUGUUCUGUUUUCUUUUUAAACCUCACCUCUGUAUGACUGCAAAUAAGACCCGGUCCCAAUAUAUUUGCAAACGCUCA